AUGUCGUUCAAGUACGAGUUUGCCAAAUACAUCAAGGACCCGGGCUCGUGUCCGGGGCUGCUCUUUCACGAUGACAACGCACUGAUCAUCAAAGACUUGUAUCCCAAGAGUCUGGUUCACUAUCUCGUGAUUCCAACAGACAAGACUCUCGAGAGACCUCAGGAGGCCUUUGCAGACCACGAGUUUCGGGAAAAAAUGGAGAAAUACAUCGGCAAGGCGCGCGAGAUGGUGGUGUCCAACUGGCCGCCGAAUUACGCCGUCCCUGGCGGCGAAAUUGCAGACUAUAUUCUGGUGUGCUGCCAUUCUAUCCCGUCUAUGGCUAAUCUGCACAUCCAUGUGAUGACCAAGGACCUGUGCAGCGAGAGGUUGAAAAACAAAAAACACUACAACAGCUUUGCAACGCAGUUUGCAAUCCGGUGGAACGAGUUCCCGCUCGCAGCAGACGACCCGCGGACCUGGUGCACGGAGGAAUAA